AUGACACCACCGCAUCCUUUCCAGCCGCUCAGUCCAGCCGAGAUCCGCGAGGCAGCUCGAGUCGCACGAGCCGCUUUCCCCGGCCAAAGUCCAAACUUCAGAGUCAUCACGCUUCAAGAGCCACCGAAGCAAUUGAUGAUACAAUGGCUCGAAGCGGGUGAGCAAGGAAAGCCAGGCGUUGAGCAGCCACCUCGGGCGGCCCGCGUGCAAGUCAUAAUUCGCGAUGACACUGGCCCCGGACAGCUGCACGAAGUGCUCAUUGACCUGGACAGUUUGACUGUGGUGCGAAAGGAACAUUUGCCGGGCAAACACCCAUACAUUGACACGGAGUACAUGCAAGCCGUCGAGUCCGCUUGCCGUGCCGACUCGAGGGUCCAGCAGGAGAUCAGUAAACUGCAGCUACCGGCCGGAGCUACCGUUGUCAUUGAACCCUGGGCCUAUGCGACCGAUGGUGAGAUUGACGUAUCUGAGCGCACGUCCAUGUGCUGGUUCUACAUGAGACUGCUGGAGAGUCCUGAUGCCAACUACUAUGCCUAUCCCCUCGACCUGUGCGCUGAAGUGUCGGAACGGUUGGUGGUCACCCAGGUGUACUACCUCCCAUCGUCCGAGCACGACCGCACGUCUGACGAGGGCCGACCUUACGAUCAUCGCAAGGUGCAUCCGACAGCUGCCAGCGAGUAUCAUCCUGACCUAAGACCACCCCCACGCUCUACGACCAAGCCGUACCAGGUGCAUCAACCAGAGGGUCCUUCAUUUGCGACAGAUGGCAACUUUCUCACCUGGGAGAAGUGGGAAAUGCACGUUGGGUUCAACUAUCGGGAGGGGCUGACGCUGCACAAUCUAAAAUACGACGGGCGAAGCUUAUUCUACCGGUUGUCACUAUCCGAAAUGUUUGUCCCCUACGGCGAUCCUCGACGCCCGUAUCCCCGGAAAGGCGCGUUUGACCUCGGCAACGACGGGGCUGGGAUCAACGCCAACAACCUACAGCUAGGGUGCGAUUGCCUGGGGACCAUCAAGUACUUUGAUGCGUGGCACACCACCAGUACCGGCGAGCCCCUGAAGCUACCCAACGUGGUCUGCUGCCACGAGCAAGACGACGGCAUCCUCUGGAAGCACACCAACUUCCGCACGCAGAACGCCGUGGUCACGCGCUCCCGCAUCCUGGUGCUCCAAACCAUCAUCACGGUCAGCAACUACGAGUACAUCUUUGCCUUCCACUUCGGCCAGGAUGCGUCCAUCCACUACGAGGUGCGCGCCACUGGCAUUCUAUCCACCGCGCCCAUCAACAUCGGCGAACAGGUGCCUUACGGGACAGUCGUCGCGCCUGGUGUGCUGGCGCCAUACCACCAGCACAUGUUCUGCCUAAGGCUGGACCCUGCCGUCGAUGGACAUAAGAACACUCUUCAAGUUGAAGAAUCACGUCCGCUCCCGGUAGACGACGACAAUGUGCACAAUCCGUAUUUCAUGGGCUACGAAGCUGUGAAGAAUGAGAUUGAGGAAGAAGGCGGACUGGACCUCGACGUGUCCAAGAACAGAGUGUUCAAGAUCAUCAAUGAGAACAAGGUCAACCCCAUCACAGGCACGCCCGUGGGACUCAAGUUGAUACCCCAUUACAGCCAGAUGCUGCUUGCGCACCCAGAUUCCUUCCAUGCCAGGCGAUCCGAGUUUGGUAAACAUGCUGUCUGGGUGACGCGCUAUCAAGACGACGAGCUCUUCCCGUCAGGUCGAUACACCAUGCAAUCGCUGGGAGGCGAUGGCAUCGAAUCGGCGAUUCAGCGUCGUCAGGCCGAUCCGGAAGGCUCAAGCUCUGUGCGGGACGAGGACAUUGUGGUCUGGCACACAUUUGGGUCCACCCACAAUCCGAGGAUCGAGGACUGGCCUGUCAUGCCGAGCGAGAAGAUGACAGUAGGGCUCAAGCCUGUCAACUUCUUCAGUGGGAACCCAGGUAUUGAUGUUCAGAAGUCGACGCAGGAUCGGAACAAGAGUGCCCUGGUGGAUGGGGAUGCUGGUCGACAUAGCUGCUGUGCGCCGGAAUCAUAG